GCAGUGGAGAGGCUCCGAGUCUUCGCGUUCGUUCUCCAAAGCGACGAAUACACUCGAUGAGGGCUGAGAUAAAUCUAGGGUUUGGGGAAAUCGGCGACGGCUCGAGAGAGUCCUCCGUCGCCUGCAAUACGGACGGGGGUAUGGGGGAAGGACGUUAAUUCACAUUUGACACCGUCUUUAGUGAACUCAUUAGAAGUCAAAAGAAAAAUGCAAUGGGCGAUGACAACAACAUUGGUCCAUUGGAUAUGUCUUUAGUGAUGACACUUCUUAAUAGCAUCUCAGGGUUUGGCCUCUUAUCUACGGGCAAUACCAUAAAAUCAGAGUUGCUUCACGGAUGCUACCGAGCAAUUGGUGAGAUCUUGGUGUUGUUGAAGGCUGCAUUGGAAGAGGAUUCUAUCUCUGUCUUAGCUUCAGAUGACAAGCUGAAUAAAAUGCUGGGAGAACUUGAUGCUUUGGUUAAUGAAGCGCAGGAACUACUUGGAAACUGGCAUCAAACGAUGAGUAAAGUUUAUUUUGUGUUGCAAUAUGAAUCAGUACUAACCAAAAUACAGAGAGCGGCAGCUGUGACUUGUCAACUACUUAUUUCUUUACGCCCUGCUGAUGUUAUUGCAGAAAACAUUGAGAAUAUUAUGAAGAAGAUUAAGCUAAUGCAUUUUGAAAAAAUCUCGGAUAACAUUAAAGAAGUUGUAACGGAUCAGAUAGACAAAAGGCUGCCUAGUUCUGAUCAUCUGGAGAAAAUUUCAAGUUUCUUGAAUUUGUCUUCUAAUUAUGAAUUGCUUAUGGAGGUCGUUGCCUUGGAUAAGCUUAAAUCAAAAAUUGUCCGUAGUGAUAAUCAAGCAGAAAUGGAGUACAUUGAUCAUAUAAUUGCACUUGUCACUUAUAUGCAUGAUUGUCUUGUUAAGAUAAAACAGCUGCACAGCAUCAAUGGGGUGCCAAUUCCUCCUGACUUUUGCUGUCCACUCUCCCUUGAAUUGAUGUCUGACCCUGUGAUUGUGGCAUCUGGACAAACUUAUGAGCGGGCUUUUAUUAGAAAAUGGCUUGAUCAAGGGUUUAACGUUUGCCCCAAGACCCGUCAAACACUUGGGCACUCCAAUUUGAUACCCAACUAUACUGUUAAGGCGCUUAUCGCAAGCUGGUGUGACUCAAACAACAUCAAGUUACCUGAUCCGCUAAAAUCCAUGAAUCAAAGCCUGUUCUCGGCUUUCAGCAAUCUUAUGGAUACCAACGAAAAUGACUGUAAACCUUCUUCUUGUGAACACCCUACUAGGAGUAAACAUUCUAGAUCAGCAGAACAAAGUACAUCGACGAUAAAUGUACACAAGGAUCUAACGUCUUUCAAUGGGAUACAUCAAGAAACUUACCUGCAUGAGAAAUCUUCGUCUCAUCAUCAUAAUUCAAGCUCGAUGAGUUCAUCUUUUCAGGUUACAGAUGGCUCUGAUAUAGAUAUUGCAAGGAUGUCGUUAUCAGGUCUGGAUGACAAGAAUGAAUCCAGGUCGGAUCAUAGAUAUGUUAGCUCUAGUGGUCAAACUUCAACUGAAUCCAAUACAGAGCAAGAUGAUCGUGGUACUUCUACUUCCACUCAUUAUAGCCAUGCUGUUUCAACUAAUGAUCAUCCUGAAGGAUUAGGAGAUAUGGGUGUUGUCUCUCGCGUUCCUAGUGACCUUACUCAUUAUAGCAGUGAUACUUCAGGUGAAGUUAUGCAAGAGGCUCCAACUUCCUCUGGCCCACAGAUAGAACCUGAAUUUUCAUCAAAGUUGGCAGAAGCUAGGUCCAGAACUCAAACAAUUUGGCGGCGUCCAUCGGAAAGGUUUACUCCAAAGACCAUUUCUUCACCCUCCUUGGAUAGAAGACCAGAUCUAUCAGGUGUUGAGACCCAAGUGCGGAAAUUGGUUGAGGAUCUACGAAGUGAUUCUGUGGAUUUGCAGAGAGCUGCCACUGAGGAGCUACGCCUUCUUGCUAAACAUAACAUGGAGAACAGGAUAGUGAUCGCAAAUUGUGGGGCAAUACCCCUAUUAGUUGCCCUUCUUUAUUCAAUUGAUCAAAAGGUGCAAGAGGAUGCUGUAACUGCACUUUUAAACUUAUCAAUCAAUGACAACAACAAGACUGCCAUUGCUAAUGCAGAAGCAAUUGAUCCGCUCAUUCAUGUUCUUGAAACAGGAAGCCCUGAAGCAAAAGAGAACUCAGCUGCGACGCUCUUCAGCCUUUCUGUCAUUGAAGAAAAUAAGGUUAAGAUUGGACGUUCUGGAGCUAUCAACCCAUUGGUUGAUUUGUUAGGUAAUGGGACGCCUCGAGGAAAGAAAGAUGCUGCUACAGCUUUGUUUAAUCUAUCAAUAUUUCAUGACAAUAAAACAAGAAUUGUUCAGGCUGGUGCUGUCAGGCAUUUGGUUGAGUUGAUGGAUCCAGCUGCUGGUAUGGUUGAUAAGGCUGUAGCUGUUUUGUCUAACCUUGCUACCACACCUGAAGGAAGAACUGCAAUUGGGCGUGAAGGUGGGAUCCCUGUGCUUGUGGAAGUUGUUGAAUUAGGAUCAGCAAGAGGGAAGGAAAAUGCAGCAGCAGCUUUGCUUCAGCUCUGUACAAAUAGCAAUAGAUUUUGCAGCCUAGUUCUCCAAGAAGGUGCUGUGCCACCAUUAGUAGCAUUGUCCCAAUCAGGCACACCACGAGCUAAAGAAAAGGCCCAGGCUCUUCUCAGUUUUUUCCGGAACCAGCGGCAUGGUAAUGCUGGAAGGGGAUAGUGUUGGGUUUUUUUUUUUUUGCUGUAUCUAUGUAUAAUUAUGAUAGGUCGCGGCAUUUAUUUUAACUAAAUUUAAAGUGUUUUUAGUUAAUGCCAUUUGGAAACUGUAUCUAUUACAUUGAGUCUUUGUAAAAAGUAGAUUAAUUUGUAGAGCAGUGCGCUGAACUAACAACUGUUUGAUUCUAUGUUCAUCAGUAGCUUAUUCUAUGGAGAAAUUAUUCUGUGCGGCAUCCGUAUGGGAAGAAUCUUUCGGACUAUGAGUUUAUACACUGUGUGUACAUUUCUUUGAUAUAUAUUGUAUAGAAAUGUGUAUGCUCACAUGUUCGAAUGAUUUUUCCCGUCCAAAUGCCGCAUAGAAUAAUUUCUCAUUUUAGCAACUUUGUAUGAUGUGUAGCGCAUCUUUCUCUGUUUGACACAGAUUCCAACUCUCA